GCGAACUAAAACCCCACAAAGCCGUAAGCCUCCACAAUUCCUCUUCUUCCUCGGGGCAAGCUCCUCUGCUGCUUUCCAUUUACCUGAGACAUCUUCAACCAGCAAGCAUCGCCUGUGCCACUUCUCCUCUCCUUCUUUAAAUAGCCGUCUUCUUCCAUCAUUACAACGCCUCAUCUCUCUACUGCUCCCACACGUGCGGACUUCUGGACACUGGCCGUCAUUUGGUGCCCUAGGAAAAGAGAAUUGGAUACUGAAAUAGGAAGAAAAUGAACAAGAAGGAAGUACUGAAGCUGGCAAAAGGGUUCAGGGGAAGGGCAAAGAACUGCAUAAGAAUAGCAAGGGAGAGGGUGGAGAAGGCAUUGCAGUAUUCGUAUAGAGAUCGGCGCAACAAGAAGCGUGAUAUGCGCUCCCUCUGGAUCCAACGCAUCAAUGCAGGAACUCGACAGCAUGGCGUGAAUUAUGGCAACUUUAUGCAUGGCCUGAUGAAGGAGAACAUCCAAUUGAACAGAAAGGUUCUCUCGGAGCUAUCUAUGCACGAACCAUACAGUUUCAAGGCACUUGUGGACAUCUCUCGGAGUGCUUUCCAAGGAAAUAAAAAUAUUGUGCUUCCGUCUAGAAAGGUAGACAUUUCAUCAAUCAAUGUGUAACUGAUUUUUAACUUUACUCAUCCUUUACUUUGAUUAUUGUCUAGCUAGAACAGAAAAGAUCAACGUCUUUAGUUCGCAAGCAAAAUAUUUUACCUGCUUUCUGAUAAACUAUUGUAGAUCUGAGCUGUUGGAUAUCAUGAAGCAAAAUAUCUCAGUUUGGUUUUUUAA